AUGCAAGAUGAUAAUACGGACUUUUAUAAGAAUAAAUAUAAAAAAAAUAUUUUCACUUCAAUACGCAACCCCUCCUCUGUGCUCAAAACUGCCGUAUGUAACAUUUCUAAAAGCCAUUUCUUCAACAGAAGAACGAAAAAGGUUUAUGAUCCUAUUCUUCCUAUAUGUAUCAACAUAAAUGAUGGAUAUCAUAUUUUUAUUUUCAUAAACGCAAAGUAUGUGAAAGACCAUUUAUAA